AUGGACUACAGCUCGACAAUUCACGACGUCGAGGAUCCCGCAGGCGAUUCACCCUGGGGCAACUCCCCCGUGUCGUCUCCAUCGCGAAACAACAUUGCGGCCUUCAAUCCCGCCUCACCUGAUGCUCCUCCUCCCUUUCGCUACAACAACCAGCCCUCGAAUGGCCUACCUCAGGACCAGUCUACACCCCAGCCAGAAGAAUUUCAGCGCCCGGAUACUGCGACUACGACAUCUGGCACUGAAGAUGACACUGAGGCCUCGGGGACACUGAACCCUACAGAGGCGCAGUCGCAGUCGACAGCCGUCGAACCGUCAGCCGGGGAGGAUGGGAGAGCCCCAGCGCAGAGCCAUCAACACGGUCAAACCGGUGCUCCAGCUUCGCAGCCUGGAUACGAGCAACCUCCUCAAAAACCAGCUGGGCCUCAGUACCGACUUCAGGCCAAAAUUACAGGGCUCGAACGCACCGGCAAGAAAGAUCCCAUUCUACGGUUCGAUGUUCACACAAACAUUCCCCGCUUUCGAACAACUCAAUUUCGCGACGUUCGUCGCCUACAUUCCGAGUUUGUCAAGCUUGCGGAUCAUUUGAUAUCUGCGAACCCCGAAGUCUUUGUUCCUGCGGUUCCUCCGCCUCUGACCUCCGCCGGUGCUGGUACAGAUGAAGAUGAGAUCCGCGUUAAGGCGCUGAUGCAGCGAUGGCUGAACUACGUUUGCAGCAACGACAUUUUGAUGCGGGAUGACGAGAUGGUUCUCUUUGUGGAGAGCGAUUUUGGUUACAGUCCUAUGGUCAAGAAAAAGCAGCCCGCAACAGGUGUGCGCAGAAAGAUCCUGAAGCAGUUUGCUCCUCCCCCUGAUGAUACCCCUGAGCUCGCGGAUGCGCGACCAACUGUUAAGCUCUUUUACCUCGGUAGCAUGGAUGCUGGCCACAAGGUUGACAAGCUGGUCAAGGCCCGGAGAGGUCUCGGUCUUAGUGAGGCCGAUUAUGGUGCUAAACUCACAAGUAUGCAUGUCCAGGAACCCCAUCCCGGUUUGGCCAAUGCCUAUCGAAAGCUCGGAAAAGUCGUCCAAACCGUUGGCGAUUACCAUGCCGCCCAAGCAACAGCCGAGGCCACAACCAUUGGCGACCCAUUCCAGUAUCAUUCCCAAGACGCUUUCAUCGUCAAGGAAUCGCUCACCAACCGCCAGAUCCUCAUCCGUGAAUUCUUGCAAGCACAGGAAGCUACCCGUAGCAAACUCAAUGCAGCGGACCGCCUGAAGGCCAGCUCAAGUGUUCGCCGUGAAAAGGUGGAUGAGGCCAUCACAGCAUUGGAUGAUGCUCGCCAACACGAAACUUACUUGUACAAUAAGACCAACCGUGUUACCCAGAACCUGGUUCAAGAGCGUCGCAAAUGGUUCUCGAGAACCUCGGCUGACCUCCGCCUGAGCAUUAGGGAAUACGUGCUCCGGGAAAUCGAAGCUGAGAGGCGAACUCUAGCCGUGCUUGAGACGGUCCGUCCUGAUAUUCGAUCAAUUGAUGCUUCAGGCGGUUUGAGCCGAUUAGGCCGUGAGGCGCACCCAACUGUGCGUCGCACGAGUCUUGCAGCCAGCCAAGGUCCCAAGGGUGACUCUUGGAGCGGUGUUCCUCGCCGUUCAGACGCCACGGGCCGCAGCGUGUCGGGCAGCCUUAUCAGUAAGGUGUCAGAGGAGGGUGAGAGUGAAGAGAGCAGCGAGACGGCACAAGCGACUGGUCGUACUGGCCUCAAAGGUGUUAACGAGGAGGAUGACGAGGAUCGCGUGGAUGCGAGGAAUGCCGCAAGUCGGCUGGCAGCUAGCACUUUCUAA